AUGCUGAAAGAAAUUGUCAGAGUUCUCAGUGAAUGGAACGGCAAGCGACUCGUAGUCAUAACCGGUUUACCAGGUUAUGGAAAAUCCUGUUUGGCGCAAAGAAUCGGUCAUACGAUGAAGGAGAAUGGUUUCCAAGUCAUCUUCCUAUGCUUACGAGAAAUCCGAUCUGUCGGUAAAAUGUCAGCCAAGAUUCUACGCGCUUUAAAAGCAAAUGUUGGUCAAGGACUGAUGAAUAACCCGCGUGAGCUGGCACUGUCGUACUUAAAAUCUCUCACUACAAGGACAACUCUUAUUCUUGACAACGCUGAAGACCUCAUUUGUGACGAAAACUCAAAGCAGGAGUUUUAUAGUUUUGUGAACCAAGUCGCUCAGUUUGCAGCCCAAGUGAAAUGUGUCAUUACCUCAAGAGUGGAUUGUCCUGCUUCUUGUCAAACCCCGCGCCACUCCGUAAAACUUCUCGUCAUUGAAAACGAUGCCGCUGCGAAAUUGCUAGAGGAGAAGGUUAAAGACACUGGCUGUUUUCUUGAAAACCAGCAGGCUAAAACUAUAGCACAACUCUGCUUUAACAUUCCCCUGAUCUUGCACGCAGCCGCUGCCUACAUGGAAGUCAUCCCCCCAGAGACACUGAUUCAAAGUUUGCAAAAUCAUUUUGGAGCCAUAGAAAUGUCAAGCAUGGGGGAACUGUUCCCAGAGCUGCAAAUGAGAGGCUUUCUCAGUGAAUGCUUGCAAAAGCUUGGCGCCGAUUUCGAGGAGGACUUGUAUUCCUUGGCAGUAUUCCCGGCUGCAUUUACUUACCAACAAGCACAGAGAGUAUGCCGUUCAGAAACAAGGCUUCUUACCUCUCUUCUUCAACUGGUGAAGAAGUCUCUUGUCCACAUAGAGUUGGAUUCUAAACACUACUUCGUCCAUCAAGUGAUUCAACUUUGCUGCGAAGAAAAGGCCAAGACAGACGAACGAUUGCGCGCGCAUUACAGUCGGGCGCAAGAAAGAUUUAUUGAGUACUACCUAAACUUAAUUACCGAGUUACACCAGGAAUUCUUGUGCAAAGGUAACUUAGAGACACCGCUUGAUCGUUUCUGGACAGAGGAGCAAAACAUUGUUCAAGCAAUUUGGUGGGCGGCAGCGAGGGAGGGAACUACACUCCCUGCACGUUGUGCAGAGAUCCUAAACAAAGCAGUCAUCUUCCUGGCCAAAGUCAUGAAGAAGGCUCAAUUUGAAGAAAUCUACGAAGUCGUUUUAAGCGCGACCAAAGGAGACUUACGACUUGUGGCUGACUGCCUGACGUGUGUUGGUAUAAAACACAUCUACAGUUGUGAAUGUCAUCGGUCUUGCAGUGUUGUAACAGAGAGAGCUUACAGAGUCUUGACAAGAGCGCUAGAAAUCUACGAAAAGCUUAACCUGACAGAGGGAGAGCUUGUUGCACAGUGUUACAGCAAGAUCGCACGCUGCAUGGCCAAGAAUGGAAAUCCUUCUAGAGCUCUCGAACUGAGCGCAAAAGCCCUCGCAAUUAGAGAACAGAGGAGACUCGACGAGCCAUUGAAGUAUGCAGCUUGUUGCAACGAUAGAGCAGGUAGUGUAGGCUUAACAGUGUUGCCGAUUGAAAUACAUUGUUUUUCGUCAUGAAUGUAGAUGGAAACUUUAAGAACCAAUUAAAAAAAUCUGUUGCCAAUCUAGAAGCAAGUCAAGUAUUUGGCUGAGAUUUAUUACGGAGCUGCACCAGGAUAAAUUGCGAAAAAUGCAACCGAAAGAAUAAAACUUUUUUGUUUCUACGAAAGGAGCAAAACUUAGUUCAGCCAUUCGGUAAGCGGCAGUAGAAAUGUUAUUUCGCCCUCAUCUCUUCUCAUAGGGAAACGGUUAUCAAAAAUCAGUCAUCUUCCUGGCCAAAGCCCUGGCCCUAGUCCUGGCCAAAGAGGGCUUUAUAGCUAACAUUUGUUGACAGUUAUCCACAAUUUCGAAGGCACUGUAGCCAGGAAGAUAGCUGCCUCCUGCCAGUUGAGGUUUUUAAAUACGAAGUCUAUUUUCAAUGUUUAUUUACAACUUGAUUGCAUUUUAGGGCCUAGAUGAAUGUUUCUUAGUGUUAAUCUGGUUUACCCCAGAAAAGUGGAGUAUUCAUAAUUGUUAUUAUUAACAUUAUUUUUAUUGAAAUUAUAAUUUUCAUCCAUUAGCACAUCAAGUUUUUGCUUGGCAAAGGCCAGAAUAACCCACGACAUAUAAUUUUUUUUCCUCUCUCUUUUUCUUCCAAUAGUUGUUCAAAGCUGCUUAAACAACCACCUUGAAGCCCUAGCUCUCAGGGAACAAGCCCUUAGUGCUUAUGUUGAAAAACUAGGGGAUCAUCCAUUUACCGGAACGCUCUACAACUAUCUAGGCAACGAUUGCCUUGCACUAGAGAACUUCGAUAAGGCCGUCGAAUAUUUCACCAAGGCGCUCAGUAUCAGGAAGAUAUUUCUUGGCCUUUACCACCAAGAGACUGCCCGAACGUAUCACGACUUGGGUCUUACUUACAAGAGGAAGGUGAGUCAAACAUUAUUGUAGGUGUGCGUUAUAUAUACUGCAGUUAAAAGACUCUAGUUUAUUGCACACAUCCGUGGUAUUCAAGAUUGAGACCUUGACCCUGGCUCUGCUACUUCGCACCUUUUUUUCUCUUCUUUUGGAGGCCGAGAUAAGAUAUGUAUUUCAAACGACCCUUUCACUCUUAAGACUGAUCUCAUUAGCAAUUAUCCUUACUGUCUGCCAUACAGUUUUUUUUAAUGUUGGUUCGAAGAAUUUGGCAUUGAUAGUUUCUCUUUAUUCUCAUCACUUUCCUGCUUGAUAUAGCAUUAAUAUUGUCAUGAGAAGUGCUAUCUUGAUCACUCAUGGGUUGCAAACAGGAGGAAAGAAACUAAUCAAUUCUAACCACUGUUUCUUCGACAGCAAGACGCAGCCUGAAAACGCACUCUGAUACAUUUCACCUGAUCCUGCACGCAGUUCCAUUAUAUGUUUGAGUCUGAGACUUCUUGUCUACCUCUUUUUCAGGGAGAUUAUACAAAAGCCAUGGAACAACUGGACGCGGCAGUCACGAUCCAAGAAAAACUGUGCGAUGUACCCCAUGAGAAACUCAAAUCUCUUCAAGAGAAGAGGGAGAUCUACUCAUGCCUGAAUUUAACCGACUCAAGUGCUCAGGAGCUACAAAAGAAGUUGGAACAGUGUCAGGAGGAGAUGACUCGAGAGAAAAAGGUCAAUAACAUUAGAUUGGAGAGAAUUAUGGACAUGGCAAACAACAACGGAGUUGAUUUUAGCUGAAAAGUUAGCAGUGUUACUUCAAUAUGAUGUAACUGAUUCUUAACAUGACUGACUCCACCGACUGAACGAACAUAUUACUUCAGACACGUCUGUUAGUAAAAUAAGGUAACGUGGAAAAAUACAAUCAAUUGUAACUGGCCAUGCCAGAGAGGUGGGGCUAAUCUGUUACUUUGAGUACCACUGUCAACAAAAUAAGUGUAACCAGAAAAAAACGAAAAACAAAAAACUGAAACCUCAGUAUCGUUAACCAUUUUUAAAGUUGAUUACUCGUUUACAUUUAAAGGCAUUUUACUGAUUACCUGGGAUUAGCACCCAACACGUUACAUUUAUAGGCAUGAAAAAAUCCGUGUGAUAUCUGUUCAUGAAUAAAAAUGUGUUAACUGAGUGACUAAGACAGGUUCUCCUUACAUUAUCGUCCCA